GGAGCACUUGGCAUCACUGGCAGAGCCCUGCUUUGGGGAUCCACACCACCCAGCUCCUCAGCAUGAAGCCUCUGAUACAGAAGGUAGAAGCUCUGGACAAGGGCUACUUUGUCCGUGUGGAGUGGGAGGAUGGGAGUGAGAGCUGCUACCCCUGUGUCUGGCUGAGGGACAACUGCCAGUGUCCAAACUGCUUCCUGCGCUCGGCUGGGGCACGCAAGAUGAAUUUCGAGGAACUGGAUGUGAACAUUGUGGUGAAGGAAGUCACCCUGCCAGACAGAGAAAAGAUCUCUAUCACAUGGCCUGAUAAACACUCCAGUGAGUAUGAAGCUGAGUGGUUGAAGAAACGAUGCUUCUCUGAAAAAGCCAGAGCAGAAAUGAGAGAAGAUUUAUUUUUACCAGAACGGCAGUACUGGGGCUCAGACCUGGAACUUCCCACAAUGCCUUUUGAAGAAGUCAUCUACAACGAUGAAAGUGCCUACAAGUGGCUGUGCACCCUGAAGAAAGUAGGAAUUGUGCUGCUAACAGGAGCUGCUGCCAGGCAGGGAGAGUUGAUUAAACUUGGCCACAGGGUUGGCUUCCUGCGCCUCACUUUUUAUGGACCAACUUGGCAAGUGCAAGACAAAGCAGAUGCUAACAAUGUGGCUUAUACAAGUGGGAAGCUAUGUUUUCACACCGACUACCCUGUUCUGCAGUACCCACCUGGGGUUCAGUUUCUCCAUUGUAUAAAACAAACAUCUGCAGGAGGGGAAAGUGAAGUUGUAGAUGGAUUUCACGUUUGCAACAAGCUGAAGAAGCAAAAUCCUCAGGCAUAUGAGAUCCUGUCCUCUACUGCUGUAGACUAUACAGAUACUGGGAUCGACUUCUGUGAGUUUGCCGUGCAAUGCAAACAAAGGAUUAUAGAUGUGGAUGCCAGAGGCCAACCAGUUCGCAUCAAUUAUAAUAAUCCAACAAGAGACACAGUGUUUGACAUACCAGUUGAAAAAGUGAGGCCAUUUUAUGCAGCUCUAAAGGAAUUUGAUGAUUUAUUAAACAGCACAGAAAACAAGCUUACUUACAAGAUGAAACCAGGGGACGUGGUGACGUUCGAUAACUGGCGAGUGCUUCACGGGCGCCAGAGCUACCCGGCGGGAGCGGGGCUGUCGCGGCACCUGGAGGGUGCCUACGCCGACUGGGACGUGGUCAUGUCGCGGCUCCGCCUCCUCAGGAAGAGGCUCCUCAAGAAGGACUGA